AUGGGUUUGCCUAUGAUCCCAAUGCUUCCUCUCAUAGCCGUCCUUUUAGCCGCAUCAUCACUAUCCCAGGUUUCUGAUGCGCAAAACUCACCCCAAGACUACCUCAACGCUCACAACACUGCCCGUUCCCAAGUUGGGGUAGGCCCAAUGAAAUGGGAUGCAACCGUGGCCUCUUUUGCACAAAACUACGUGAACAAACUGAAGGGUAACUGCAACAUGGUGCACUCUGGGGGUCCUUAUGGGGAGAACCUUGCGUGGAGCAGUGGUGACCUUACUGGCACAGCUGCUGUGAACCUGUGGGUGGGAGAGAAGCCAAAGUAUGAUUACAACUCCAACAAGUGCGUUGGUGGAGAGUGCCGACACUACACCCAGGUGGUGUGGCGCAACUCGGUGCGUCUUGGGUGUGCUAAAGUGCGCUGCAACGAUGGUCGUAGCACCAUUAUCAGCUGCAACUAUGAUCCACCAGGGAACUAUAUUGAUCAGAGGCCUUUUGAUAUCGAUGCUUUCCAAGACCACUGA